AUGAGGUCUCUCUUUAUGACAUCGUUCUUGGUUUCGGUGGCCAUGGCCUGGCCGGUUGAAGUACCACCACAGGAGACUGAGUCCCCGACUCGUGUUGAAGAGAGGGACAUCGGCCAGGUGCUCGCGAUUAUCCCUACAACCACUGGGCAGAUUGGAAUCAACCCAGUUUUGGUGGAUCCAGUUGCGACAGACGGACCAUACGCUACAUAUUUCUCAAACUAUAUCGACAACAAGGGCAACUGGAAAGCAAAAGAUACAGAACAUAUCACCCAGGUCCAAGUCAAAACCAAAGAUAAUAAGCCCACAACAGCUACCGUAACAGCCCCAGUAGCCGUUAUGACCGGACCCAGUGGCGACCUUGACAUCCUCAUGACGCCCAAGCUCCAAACGCAAUUGGAAAACAUGAUGAACAAGGCACCUGCCUGCUCGAAGAAGCGAGAAGCAGCAUGUGGAAUCACUAAGUUCCUCGAAGAUUUCAAAGCCGACAAUUCCGAGGUGAUCAAAGCCCUGAAAGAUGCCGUUAAAGACAUCCAAUUCCUAAGCGAAGAGGUGCUCAAAGCUCUGGGUACUUCUGCUACCGCACAGGAAGCCCAGAUGGUUGCAACCGGAAUAGGUAGCAUGAGCUUAGUCUGGAUGGCUUUCCAUGUCUACGCAAAGAACCAUCUACCGCUCGUGUUUGGUAUUAAAAGGCCGCCGAAGAACAACUUGCCCACCACAGAGGACCCUCCUGCUGAUCCCAAGAAGUGUCCGGCGGAUGCGCCCAAGGGGAAGGAUGCCCCGCUCUGCGGAGACUGCAAGGGGGAUAAGAAUGUUUGUCAGGAUGGCAAAUACAAAUACUGUGAAUGUCUUGACGUAAUCAAGCCCAUUUUCUACACCUUUGAUAAGGCUUGGCUCGAUGCACAGGCCGAUGCAAUCAAGUAUGCUCUUGCACAUAUGGACGACAAGCCUAAAGUAACCUGCUCCGACACUGGUUACAGCAACGCUGUCGCGGUUGACGUCUCUUUUGUCAACAGCCUUGCAGAUAAAUUCUGUAAGGGCGAUUCGAAGAAAGAGCGACAUAUGACACUUGCUGGCAACGACAUUUCGUCAGAUGCGUAUAAGAAAUACACCUUUGACCUGGCGUACGCGCCGCCUAAAGAUGUGAACGAGCAGUGUGACACAGAUUGUCCGGGAGCGAUCAAGGCCAUGACAUCUAACUGCCAAGGACUUGACAGUCAUAGCGUGCAGAGAGGAGCAAACGUGACUCUUCCAUGUGGCGCAAUUUAUAGCUACAAGAUCAACAUUCCCGAUCGCCCAGACCAAGCGGACAUCACUUGUGCCAAUGGAGGUGACUACAGCAAGGCCAUUGAUGUGGACGUGUCCUUCUUCAAACGCAUGUCUGAGAACUUCUGCGGCGGAGACCUCUCCAAAACCCCUAAGAAGGACCUGACCAGCGACGACAUCAAGUCCAGCGCUUACAAGGGCUACAAGUUUCACUUUGAAACCGACUCAAGAACGGAUUGCCUACCCGACUGCAAGGCUACGUUUGAGAAGAUUGCUCCGAAGUGCCAAGGCCUCAACAGCCACUCAAUCCAACCAUCUGGGAGUGCCAAAUUUUCGUGUGGGACCAGCUUCAGCUACAAAAUCGAGAAGCCCGGUCAAGCACCUCCGACAACAACACCAGGAAACAAGCUCGGCUCGAUCAAGUGUCAUGGUGCCAACGACUUCGGCAGCCAUGCAGACAUCUCCCCCGACUGGCAGAACUCGUAUACCGGGUGGGCGUGUGCAGGCACUGCUAUUCCAGAUAAUAUCAUGGAUGAAAAAAGUGCUCCAAUUGUGUGGCAGACAAAGACAAAUGAUGCACCGUACUAUUACUCGAUAUCGUGGGUCAACGGGUGCAGAGGAGAAAAGCAGAGCCCUUGGGCUCCGCUGGGGGAUCAGAAGUUCCCAGAUAGUAACGACCAAGUUACGUGCCAGAAGUUGCUGAGAAAGGAUUUCACAGACUGUAACAAUGGGGGUGUUGGGGGAUAUAGGGAUGCCGGAUGUCUGCGGUAUGAGUUCAAGGCGCAGUAUACCAAGUAA